UAGAUAUAUACAAGCAAGAUAUCUAUAUCUCUAACGUAUUUUCGAUUCCUCUCUAUAGGAUUAUAAUGGGAGGUUCUUGGCGUUUCUUGUUUAGCUUCUUCGGCAGCUUCAAGGCAUGGUGGAAGAGAAGACAGAGAUCAAACCCGGCAGGAACAGACGACGAGAUGUAUGGUGAAGAUAGUGAAGGCAACUUCUAUAAUUGGUACGUUGUUGAACCAGCUAUUAACCGGAAAUCCACUGAUUUCAUCAAAAGGUUCCACGAGACUCGUGACUGAUUCUAUCAGCUUCAGCUUCUUUUUAUUCUUCUUCAGCUUCUUUUAAACGUAGUAGUUUGGAUGAAUAUUUGUUCUUUUUGUGUAAUAUGUGUGUGUAAUAUUCUAUGUGAUGCCAAUAAAUGUAAUCAUAGUUCGUUU